UCAACCGUCAACCGUCAACCGUCAACCGUCAACCGUCAACCGUCAACCGUCAACCGUCAACCGUCAACCGUCAACCGUCAACCGUCAACCGUCAACCGUCAACCGUCAACCGUCAACCGUCCACCGUCCACCGUCAACCGUCCACCGUCCACCAACCGUCAACCGUCAACCGUCAACCGUCAACCGUCAACCGUCAACCGUCAACCGUCA